UGAUGAAAAACUGGGCAAUAACAGAUAUGAUGAAGUACGUUAAAAGUUUCAAAAUAGAUACAAAGAGGACAGAGAGGUCUUCGAAUUUCCCUUAUAAGCCAAUCACAUGCUUGAAAAAUGUAUCGUACGAUGGAAACCAAUGAAAUAGCAGCCUUUGGGAUUAGAGGUGACCAUAAAAAUCUAGAACCCGCAUAUUCGAAGGAACCCGCUUUGCUAAGGAAGUUUACUUGUAACGUGGUUGUGGCGCAGCUAACACCGUAAACUGCUUAUUCAUUCUAAUGAAUGUAUAUUAUAUACUGCGGCGUGGCUUCGUUAUCACGUAUGCUUGAUAUUAAAAGAGAGAAAGUUAUUACACAUACAAGAAUUUAUGUGUUAUAACCGAACAGAUAUAGGUUAAAAGGACUUUGAUCACUAAUAACCAGUAAAAGAUAAGAAAGAGGCGUCAAAAAAUCUUUGCUGACUUAUUUGUGAUAAGCUAUUGGACUAUUCUAACUUAACGUUUAAGAAAUAUAAACUUAAGUUAGAUCUGAUUGUGCUUGAGUUAAUAUUUAAUAUCAGGUAAUAUGGAGCAGCCAAUAUCAGCUUUUGCCGUGCAAACAAAACGUAAAAAAACAGAUCAGUUAUCGAAUAAAAAGGAAAAAAAGCAGAAAACUUUUGAUAAAGAACGAAAAGAACAAGCUGUUAAACAAGCAAGCAUAAAGAAAAAGAUAGAGUGUAAAGGUGUCUUGAGUAAAUCAAAAUUAAAAAUUAUGAAAGAAAAGAUUGUUCUUGCAAAAUCAGAAAAAAAGGAAAUAGAAAGUUGGAAAAAUAUUUUAAAUGAUAUAAAUUCAAGUUAUUUUGAUACAAAUUCACAUGAUAUAAAUCAUUCACUUUGUGCAAGUAUUGAGAUAAAUGAUAGUCAUCGCAAUCCUGUUGAAGACUUUAAUCAACUAUUAGCAUGGUUGAUAUAUCCUAUAACUCUAAAGCAAUUCUUUGGGAGAGGAUAUUGGCAAAUGAAACCAAUAUACAUAAAAAGAGAUAUGUGUAAUUUUUAUAAGCCUCUUUUAUCAAUGUCUGUAUUCGAAGAAACGUUGAGAAAUAAUAACGUUCUAUUUACUAAAAAUCUUGACAUAACCUCCUACUCUAAUGGAGUGAAAGAGAUUUAUAAUCCUCCCGGUCGCGCUUAUGCGAGUAUUGUUAAAGACUAUUUUAGGAACAACUGCUCCGUUAGGAUGUUAAAUCCUCAAACAUUUAUACCCCAGAUAUGUGCUUUCAAUGCUAAUCUCCAAGAAAUCUUUGGUUGCUUUAUUGGUGCUAAUAUAUAUCUCACGCCACCUAAUAGCCAAGGUUUCGCUCCUCAUUUUGAUGAUGUGGACGUAUUUAUUUUGCAAAUUGAGGGUAAAAAGAGAUGGAAAUUAUAUAAACCACUUAAAUCAUCUGAUUUUCUGGCAAUGUAUCCCUCAAGGGAUUUUGAUGAAUCGGAGUUAAGAGAGCCAAUACUGGAUAAGGUUAUCAGCGCUGGAGAUUUGUUGUAUAUACCACGAGGAACUAUCCAUCAAGCAAUGGCUCUUGAUACUUAUAGCUUGCACCUCACAAUAAGCAUAAAUCAGAAAAACACUUGGAGCAACCUUUUGGAAAAAUUGCUUCCACAAGCUCUAAAGCAAGCCACCAAAAAAGAUUUCCGUUUUCGUGAAGGAUUACCGGUAAAUUAUUUAUCAUAUAUCGGUUUUCAAUACACUGACAAAGACCUUGUGCGCAAAGGAAGGAUGAAGUAUAUUAUUAGGCGAAUGCUUGGUGAGCUAGAGAGAUACUUUGAUAUUGACCAGGCAGCCGAUCUGAUGGCCAAAAAGCACAUCCACGAUUUUCUACCCCCUAAUAUCUUUAAGUCAGAACGUAGGUGUACAAUACUGGAAGACGAUAAAAAUCUGAGCUAUAAUGGGCCGAAGCGCUGUGGAAAAAUUAAGCUUUCGACUGAGAUACGAUUGUUAAGAUUGUAUUGCAUGAGGUUAAUAAAAGAAAAGAAAGUAUAUAAAAUAUAUUACUCUACCGAAAAUUCUAAAGAAUACCACGAUUAUGAGCCACAAUAUUUAGAAAUUGACAAAGAAUUUGUGCCUGCAAUUAAACAAAUAAUAGAUGUCUUUCCUGAUUUUAUAUCUGUGAAGGAUCUGAAAAUCAAAGAUACUGACACAAAGAUUCAAGUAGUGAAAGAUCUUUGGGAAAAAAAUAUAAUUAUAACGAAGGUUCCACUGAACUGAAUUAAAAGAGAAAGAAUUAAAAUAGUUUUUUUUUUAAGAAGAGAAACAACAAAAACCUGGACGGAGCAUUUCCAUGAGGAAUAGCUGUAAGGAAUAAUGAUAAAGGAUAAUGUGGCACGCUUUAGUUAAAUUCACUCAUUUCGAUUUUUUCAUGUGAGUGUUAUAUACAUGGUGUUAUGUACAUGUAUAAUCACCAUGGUCAUAUAUGAACACUACUUUUCUUAUAUGCGUAACUAUCAUCACAGUUAUCAAAAAAAGCAUAAGAUAUAAGCUGAAUGAUACCGAGUUGAAAUAAUCUCAUUUACGUUUGAUUCGCAAGAUUUUCCCUUGUUGCUAAACUUGAACUCCCUUUGCCUUAAUCGACAGCGUAUGUUCCGUCCGAGUUAAUUUUUCUUUAAUCCGUAAUACAAAGCUCUUCAUAUAAAUAUCUAAAAUAUAUAUUAUAUGUAGUUUAUCUGUUUCGAAAAAAUAAUUUUUUUAGUGUUCUUGUAUGAAAUGGACAAUAGUUAAGUAAAAAAUUGUGUCCAAUACUAUUAGGCCGGUAUUCAUAGUCUUAUUUCAAGUAAUGUCAUAAAACGUUAAUGCAGUCCUUUGAUUGGUUCGCGAUAUCUCCAAACUUAAUUAUUGAAUACUGACCACAGUACUGAAUGUCAACAGUAUGAUAUAUAUAUCUCAAUAGUACUUGAUUCCUAUUAUAAUUUU